GGGAUGAAAAGUUUGGGUGCAGAUCUCUUGCCCCCACUCUGGUAAUGGGAUUUUGGUUUAUUUCAGUCUCCUGCAUCUUUUUCUUGUGCCUCUCUCCCUUUAGGUUUAAACACAUCCCAAAUCCCAGGAGGGAUCUGAGCUUGGAUAAAGGUCUUGGUCGUGAAUCCCAUUUCAGGUGAAGAUUUCUCCUGGAGUUUGGCUCUCCCAUCUUCUGGCUGUGUCUGGAAGAGGCCAUGCAUCAGUGCUGCUUCCCAGUGGAAUCAUGAGCAGGGAGGGUGUUUGGACUCAGCCUUGGCGAAUCUCCAGAAGAAAGAUCUCCAAACUGGAGAUGGUCAAACUGGCCCCCAUGGCCAGAGUGGAUGUGGCUUUUUGUUUCAUGGAAAAAAAAUAGAUUGUGAAACUCCUCCUUAUCUCCUGGAAUUGACUUGCUUGAAGGAUGUGGACAAGAGCUGGGAAGCAGCCUGGGAGCUCCUCACCCAUUUAUCAGUCGAUGGAGGCGCAGAAAAACUGAGCCAGGUAAUUCCUGAUCAAUAGCAGACUCUGAUUCAGCCGUGUGGGCUCAGGAGAAACAAAGGGACGUGGUCUGGAUCUCUCCCAGUCACAGGAAAUUACGGCUCAGAGAGUUUAUAGAAAGAGAAAUAAACCAGUCCUGAUCGCAAGCUGAACUCUGUAUCAGGAAAAGAAAAUUUUAAUCCAGGAGACACCUUGGCUGAGCAUCAAUUCCAGCUGAAAACAGCGCUGCUCCGGUGGAAAUCUUCCCGAGGGGUUUUCCAAAAAGGGGAUUUCCAAAGCCUGCGUGCCGCCCCAUCCCUGCGAGCUGCAGUGCGGAAUUUUGCCAUCAGAUGGCAAAGAAGCGACGGGGAAUCGUGGGAAGCACCUGCCGGAGGAAGCCACAACCACGGGAGGGGGCACUGGGGUGGCCACACGGAGCUUUGGUGUCAGAUCUGCUCGGCCCGGGUGCAGUUUGUCGGUGUUGGGCUGGGCAGAUCUACCUGGUGGGAGAUUUUCCAUCCCUGGCUACUUGUCAUAAGGAAAUUGCUUUCUCCUCCAGUGAAACUCACGCCCGUUGAUCUGCACCACGAGGGCGGUGAUAGUGGGGAUCCCAGGCGGAAGCCUUGGCUGCUCUCCUACCUGAAUGGCUGCUAAAAAUAGGACUGAACUCACCCCAGCUUGGGUAUAAAAAGGCACCUCCCAGGAGAGCCUGGGAUCCCUCAGCGCCCGUGGCCCAGGAGCUCGUCUUGACCUGUGUCCAAAGGAGCAGAAAUAAUGAUGGAAAGCAGCACUCGGGCUCCAGCUGAGGAGAUGCCUCAGUGGGAUGUGGGGGGGCAGCCGUUGGGCAAGAUCCUCUCUCUGGACAGGCGAGAGGCCAAGAAAGUGCUGGAGAUUUAUGUCAAGCGCUCACUGAGCUGCCAUGAAAACUCACUGGUGGCCAAAAAAACCCUUCAGGAGAAAGACAGAGGGCGAUGGAGGAAAACAGACGGGCUACAGCGGUCAGAAAGCGAUUUCUGCACGUACUCACGUGCCAAACCCAGCCCCAGGAAGGACCAGGAGGAGAGACUCAAAGCACCAGACCUGGAGGAGACUUUGGGUGAUGACAGCAAAGCUCCCCAGGAGGUGCCUAAAGAGGGGCUGAAAGCCAAGAGGAAAAGCACAAAGAACUCUUCCCAGGGCAAAACACAGCGCUCGGGUUCAAAACCAGUCUGGCUGAAAGGUUUCCUAAAUCUCUUCUUCAAGAGGAGCCCUGAGGACCAGAAGGAAAACACAGGGCAAAAAGCAAAGGAGAAAGAUGUCAAAGCUCUUCAGGGCUCCAAACCAGAAGGAGCCAAAAAACACAGAGUAGACUUCAGCACGUCCCCAGCGUUGGGCAGAGCCCUGAAGAAGAAACCCAGCCUCAAGAAGGUUUUCUCCCUGAAGAAGCACGGGGAGGAGGAGCGGGGAGAGCCGGGAUCCGGGGCGAGGAGCAAGCGCCCCAGCUGCCUUCCCCUGCGGCACGUCCUGGCCCCAGCCCAGCCAGCAGAGGCAGAGCAGCCUGAUGGAUGCUACACCCUGGUGUCCCAGGAGAGCGGGCUGGUCGCGCAGGGCAGCGAGAGCCGGGGGGACACAGCAGGAGGGUGUGGGGAGCCCCCAGAGCCCCCUGGCACCGACGGGGUCGAUGAAGCCAUCAAGAGAAUCGUCGCUCUGCUCCGGAGUGCAGGAGAUGAGCUGGACAGGGAGGUGAGGGAGGACGCCCGGCUGCAGCUGUUCUUCAGGGACAUGUCCUACAGCUCCUUCAAGAACCUGGCUGAUGCCUACAUCCAGAGGGAGCUGACGACCAGCAGGCCCAACGUCAACCCCCAGGAGAUCCAGUUUGCCUACACGGUCCAUCUCACCGCCACGGUGGCGGGGAUCUGCAGCCAGGCAGUGAACAGGAUCAUGGGCUUCGGCACCCGAUACCUGGACGAUUCCCUUGCACCCUAUGGCAAAAUUCUCCAGAGGAGAGAAAAGCUCAGGACAGACCACUGUGACAGCCCAGACUGACAGCGGCUGCUGCGAGGGGCCCGUGGUGCCUGGGAACCCAAGGAUGAACAUUUGUGGUGGGAGGACAGUACCUGCUGGUGACCUGGAUGUGGGGUGACCUUCUGAGCUGUGGAUUUAAAAUCUUUUCAGGAGAACCAGCACUGUGAAAUGCUUGAACCCCACCUGGCUAGGGGUGAAAAGUCAGCAAAUCAAACAGAGCCCAAAUUUCACCCUGUUUUUGUAUUUUAGCUCCUGCCAAGUGCUUGUGUUGAACCUCAGGGGAUGUUGCUGUUUGUGCACAUGUAUUUAUUUACCUGCUUUUCUAAAUGUAUUUGUGAAUGCACAACAUAAUUUUUGUAGUUGCGGCUACCAGCCAAGAAUCCAGUUUGAAUAAAAUUCUAAAACUCAAAUAAAUUGGUGCCUAA